GAGUCCAAACCCACCUACCUGGAAAACCUCCCGCCUGCUCAGGAGUAUGAAUUGGUCCCUCCCAAGUUAGGAGAGGAAGUGGAUGAUGUGUACCUCAUUCGUGCUCAAGGACUGCCCUGGUCAUGUACUGUAGAAGAUGUACUUAACUUUUUCUCAGACAGCAGAAUCCGCAACAGUGAGAAGGGAGUACAUUUUCUCUUAAAUAGAGAUGGGAAGCGCCGGGGCGACGCCCUGAUCGAGAUGGAGUCGGAGCAGGAUGUGCAGAAGGCCCUGGAGAAGCACCGCAUGUACAUGGGCCAGCGGUAUGUGGAAGUGUAUGAGAUAAACAAUGAAGAUGUGGAUGCCUUAAUGAAGAGCCUGCAGGUCAAAGCCUCCCUGCCAGCCAACGAUGGUGUGGUUCGGCUGAGGGGCCUUCCAUACAGCUGCAAUGAGAAGGACAUCGUGGACUUCUUUGCAGGACUGAAUAUAGUGGACAUCACUUUUGUGAUGGACUACAGGGGCAGGAGGAAAACGGGGGAAGCCUACGUACAAUUUGAAGAACCGGAAAUGGCUAGCCAGGCCCUGAUGAAACACAGGGAGGAAAUUGGGAACCGAUACAUAGAGAUAUUUCCAAGCAGGAAGACUGAAGUUCGAACACAUGUUGGCUCUCAUAAGGGAAAGAAAAUGGCAUCUUCUCCUACUGCCAAGUAUACGACUGAACCCGAUGUAGUCUUUGAAGAACAGGAAGUAAAUGAGGAUAUUGGACCCGUGACAGCUUUUGAAAGUGAGAAGGAGAUAGAGCUGCCAAAGGAGAUGCCGGAGAAGCUUCCAGAGGCUGCUGAUGUUGGAGCCACACCUUCCCCGCAUGUCGUGCACAUGAGAGGGCUGCCUUUCCACGCUAACGCACAGGACAUCAUAAAUUUCUUCAUGCCACUGAAGCCUGUGCGGAUCACCAUGGAGUACAGCUCUAUUGGGAAGGCCACGGGCGAGGCUGAUGUGCACUUUGACAGCCACGAGGACGCCGUGGCGGCGAUGCUCAAGGACCGGUCCCACGUGCACCAUAGGUAUAUUGAACUGUUCCUGAACUCAUGUCCAAAAGGAAAAUAAGACUUCAGGAGUUCUGGAUAUUAAGGGUGAAGAAAGCAUUUCGUUUGCACAUGUUUCUUGGACAUGAGAUACCAAGUUCCAGUAUAUUGGCAGCAGCUGCUAGAGAAAAGAUUUUGAGGUUUUUGGUUAAUUGUAUCUAAGAUAAAUUUGUAGUGGACUGAUUAGAGAGAGAAAGAUGCAGUUUGGGAUUAUGAAAUAAACCACAAAUUACAAUUUUUGUUUAAGCUGCCCAGGAUCUGGUUAAAAGAAUCUGGUCUUUAUUUUAUAUAAACAGUUUUUUUUGUUUGUUUGUUUUGUUUUUUUUUUCAUAGAGGAUAUGUUGCCCAGUGUAAAGACUACAUAUUUUUAUUCAGCAGUAUUUGUUAAAAUCUUUCUCCCAUUUAAAAAAUAAUCUUUUUAAGGUGUUAGUUUUUUGCCUAUGAAUUAAGAGCUCUGAUACAAAACCUCUCAAGGGGUUACAAUAAUGAUAUAUUUUAACCACUCACCAAAGCAGGAAAGGAUUUCAGACUUUUAAAGGAGUGUGGUUUGGGAAAAGAUUCAAUUUUAGCUUUAUUCGGUUACUUAGGUGGGGGUAGGAAUUGAAAAGACAAAAGGUGAGUGUAAGACAGUUUGGCAGUUUUAUGUCUUUAGAAGUAUUUUGCCUUCUAGGCCUUGUGCAAAGCCUUGUAGCACUGGUGCCUGUCUACUUAAGGGGAAAUCUGGUCUCAACUGAAAGGUUAUCUGGCCCCUCACCCUAAUUAUUUUUGGUUUUGGGUAAACCUUACGGGUGUUUGUUAGCAUCAGAACUGUAAGUGAUACUGUGUGUCAAAACAGUAGAUUGGGAAGAACCUUAGUGGCUUCCCUUGACUUUAAACCAGAUGGGGGAAAUGCAGGUCCCUCAUUUGCUUCUUCAGUGGGGUAGCCCAGCCUAUAUUUUAGAACAAGUAGGGUGCCUUGCUUAGGUAAAAAUAGCAUUCACUGCGUAACUGUGUGAGGGCUACGGGUAAGCUGUACUUCUGUACACUGUGGCAUUCCCUUCUGCUUUCGUAUUAAACAGCUUGCUAUUUUCAGUACUGGACCAGACGGCUGGCUUCCAAAUGUAGUCGUUAAUAAACUAACUCUGUGUGCAUCUGUGUCGGAGAGUUAAA